CGCGUGCGGUGGGCGGGGCUCGGCUCGGGGCCGGGCGCGCAGGCGCGGGCCCGGCGCUCCCUGAGGCGGCGGCGGCGGCUCCGGGUGAUCCUUUGUUCCCCCGCCGGGACCGGUGUCGGGAUCGCGUCGGGAUCGGGCCGGGAUGGGCCCCGGGCAGGGCUCCGGGAAGGGCCCCGGCCCCGCCCGGUGUUAGGAGCUCAUCCCUCCAGAGGCAGAGAAGAUUACCAUGCCUGUAGGUGUGGCUCCAGGAACCCAUUCCCAGCUCCUGAUGUGAGAUGGCAACUCCGGAGCCUCCGCUGGGAGGGACCCCCCGGCCCGGCCCCUCUCCUGGUCCCGGCCCUUCCCCAGGAUCUAUGCUGGGCCCCUCUCCCGGCCCUUCGCCCGGCUCUGGACACUCGGGACAUGCGCUCCCGGCUCCAGGAUACGCCCCGGACACCAUCCACCCCCUGCACAAGCCCCUGGAUCCGAUGCAUGAGAAGGGAAUGUCGGAGGAUCCGCGCUACGGGCAGAUGAAGGGAAUGGGAAUGCGGCCAGGGGGGCAUGGAAUGGGCCCCCCCCCCAGCCCCAUGGAUCAGCAUUCCCAAGGUUAUCCAUCCCCUCUGGGUGGCUCGGAGCAUGCCUCCAGCCCAGUGCCCUCCAACGGCCCCUCCAGUGGCUCCGCAGGUGGCUCUGGCGCGGCGCUGGACGGCUCCGGCUCGGACUCGCCGGCGCUGGGCCGGGGCCCGUCCCCGUUCAACGCGGCGCAGCUGCACCAGCUCCGUGCCCAGAUCAUGGCCUACAAGCUGCUGGCGCGAGGGCAGCCACUCCCAGAGCACCUCCAGGUUGCCGUCCAGGGAAAGCGGCCCCUGCCCGGGAUGCAGCCACAGAUUCCUGCUCUACCUCCACCUGCCGGCACCGCGCAGGGCCCGGGACAAGCACCAGGAGCAGGGCCGGCGCCACCCGGGUAUUCCAGACCUCACGGAAUAGGAGGGCCCAACAUGCCCCCUCCCGGACCCUCAGGAGUUCCCCCCGGCAUGCCGGGACAGCCCCCCGGGGGUCCCCCCAAGCCCUGGCCAGAAGGGCCGCUGUCGGCAGCGGCUCCGGGCGGGGCCCCCCAGAAGCUGCUGCCACCACCCCCUGCGGGCCGCCCCUCGCCCGUGCCCCCGGCUGUGCCCCCGGCGUCCCCCGGGCCACCCCCGCCCUCGCCGGGGCAGCCGGCGCCGCCCGCGCUCCCGAUCCAUCCCAAACAGAACCGGAUCACCCCCAUCCAGAAACCCCGCGGCCUCGACCCUGUUGAGAUCCUGCAGGAGCGUGAGUACAGGCUCCAAGCCCGCAUUGCCCACCGCAUCCAAGAGCUGGAAAACCUCCCCGGCUCCUUGGCCGGAGACCUGCGGACCAAAGCAACCAUUGAGCUCAAGGCUCUGCGGCUGCUCAACUUCCAGCGCCAGCUGCGGCAGGAGGUGGUGGUGUGCAUGCGGCGGGACACGGCGCUGGAGACGGCGCUCAACGCCAAGGCGUACAAGCGCAGCAAGCGGCAGUCGCUGCGGGAGGCCCGGAUCACGGAGAAGCUGGAAAAGCAGCAGAAGAUUGAGCAGGAGCGGAAGCGCCGGCAGAAGCACCAGGAAUACCUCAACAGCAUCCUGCAGCAUGCCAAGGACUUCAAGGAGUACCACCGGAGCGUGAGUGGGAAGAUCCAGAAGCUGACCAAGGCAGUGGCCACGUACCACGCCAACACUGAGCGCGAGCAGAAGAAGGAGAACGAGCGCAUCGAGAAGGAGCGGAUGCGCCGGCUCAUGGCCGAGGAUGAGGAGGGCUACCGAAAGCUCAUCGACCAGAAAAAGGACAAGCGCCUGGCCUACCUGCUGCAGCAGACUGAUGAGUAUGUGGCCAACCUAACAGAGCUCGUGCGGCAGCACAAGGCGGCCCAGGUGGCCAAGGAGAAGAAGAAGAAGAAAAAGAAGAAGAAGGCGGAGAAUGCCGAGGGACAGGCUCCAGCCAUUGGCCCAGAUGGGGAGCCACUGGACGAGACGAGCCAGAUGAGCGACCUCCCGGUGAAGGUGAUCCAUGUGGAGAGUGGGAAGAUCCUCACCGGCACCGAUGCGCCCAAGGCCGGGCAGCUCGAGGCCUGGCUGGAAAUGAAUCCUGGGUACGAGGUGGCUCCACGCUCCGACAGCGAGGAGAGCGGCUCUGAGGAGGAGGAGGAGGAGGAGGAAGAGGAGCAGCCACAGCCGGCACAGCCAGCGCUGCCCGUGGAGGAGAAGAAGAAGAUUCCAGAUCCAGACAGUGAUGAUGUCUCAGAAGUGGAUGCCCGACACAUCAUCGAGAAUGCCAAGCAGGAUGUGGAUGACGAGUACGGCGUGUCGCAGGCGCUGGCGCGGGGGCUGCAGUCCUACUACGCCGUGGCUCACGCUGUGACCGAGCGUGUGGACAAGCAGUCAGCCCUGAUGGUCAACGGCGUCCUCAAGCAGUACCAGAUCAAAGGCCUGGAAUGGCUGGUGUCCCUGUACAACAACAACCUCAAUGGGAUCCUGGCAGACGAGAUGGGAUUGGGGAAAACCAUCCAGACCAUAGCCCUCAUCACGUACCUCAUGGAGCAUAAGCGGAUCAACGGCCCCUUCCUCAUCAUUGUCCCACUCUCGACUUUGUCCAACUGGGCCUACGAGUUUGACAAAUGGGCUCCUUCUGUGGUCAAGGUCUCCUACAAGGGCUCUCCAGCGGCACGACGCGCCUUCGUCCCGCAGCUCCGGAGUGGAAAAUUCAAUGUUCUGCUCACAACAUAUGAGUACAUCAUCAAGGACAAGCACAUCCUGGCCAAGAUCCGCUGGAAGUACAUGAUCGUGGACGAGGGCCACCGCAUGAAGAACCACCACUGCAAACUGACGCAGGUGCUCAACACCCACUACGUGGCCCCACGGCGGCUGCUCCUCACUGGGACCCCGCUCCAGAACAAGCUCCCAGAGCUCUGGGCGCUCCUCAACUUCCUGCUCCCAACCAUCUUCAAGAGCUGCAGCACCUUCGAGCAGUGGUUCAAUGCACCGUUUGCCAUGACUGGGGAAAAGGUGGACCUGAACGAGGAGGAGACAAUCCUCAUUAUCCGCCGCCUGCACAAGGUGCUCCGGCCCUUCCUGCUCCGGCGCCUGAAGAAGGAGGUGGAAGCUCAGCUCCCAGAAAAGGUCGAGUAUGUGAUCAAGUGCGACAUGUCGGCGCUGCAGCGGGUCCUGUACCGGCACAUGCAGGCCAAGGGCGUCCUUCUCACCGACGGCUCUGAGAAGGACAAGAAGGGGAAAGGCGGCACAAAGACGCUGAUGAACACAAUCAUGCAGCUGCGCAAGAUCUGCAACCACCCCUACAUGUUCCAGCACAUUGAGGAAUCCUUCUCGGAGCACUUGGGGUUCACAGGCGGGAUCGUGCAGGGGCUGGAUUUAUACCGUGCCUCCGGGAAGUUUGAGCUCCUGGACCGGAUCCUGCCCAAACUCCGGGCCACCAACCACAAGGUGCUGCUCUUCUGCCAGAUGACCUCCCUUAUGACCAUCAUGGAGGACUAUUUUGCUUACCGUGGCUUCAAAUACCUCAGGCUGGAUGGGACCACAAAGGCAGAGGACCGGGGAAUGUUGCUGAAGACGUUCAAUGAGCCGGGCUCCGAAUAUUUCAUCUUCCUGCUGAGCACACGGGCUGGGGGGCUGGGCCUCAACCUUCAGUCGGCCGACACUGUCAUCAUCUUUGACAGCGACUGGAACCCACACCAGGACCUGCAGGCCCAGGACCGGGCCCACCGCAUCGGGCAGCAGAACGAGGUCCGUGUGCUCCGGCUCUGCACCGUCAACAGCGUGGAGGAGAAGAUCCUGGCGGCCGCCAAGUACAAGCUCAACGUGGACCAGAAGGUGAUCCAGGCCGGAAUGUUCGACCAGAAGUCCUCCAGCCACGAGCGCCGGGCGUUCCUUCAGGCCAUCCUGGAGCACGAGGAGCAGGAUGAGAGCAGACAGAGCGCGGGCAGUGGCAGCUUCCCCCACGCUGCCUCCUCCCUGUGCCUGGGCGCUGAGUCGGAGGAAGCACCUCUAAAGGAGGAAGACGAGGUGCCCGACGACGAGACCGUGAACCAGAUGAUCGCCCGGCACGAGGAGGAGUUCGACCUGUUCAUGCGCAUGGACCUGGACCGGCGGCGGGAGGAGGCGCGGAACCCCAAGCGGAAGCCGCGGCUGAUGGAGGAGGACGAGCUCCCGUCCUGGAUCCUGAAGGACGACGCGGAGGUGGAGCGGCUCACCUGCGAGGAGGAGGAGGAGAAGAUGUUUGGGCGCGGCUCCCGGCACCGCAAGGAAGUGGAUUACAGCGAUUCCCUCACGGAAAAGCAGUGGCUCAAGGCCAUUGAGGAGGGGACACUGGAGGAGAUCGAAGAGGAAGUCCGGCAGAAGAAAUCCUCUCGCAAGAGGAAGCGGGAGCCCGAGGGUCCUGCGGGGCCCCCCCCAAGCGCCCGGAGCCGGGACAAGGACGAGGAGAGCCGGAAGCAGAAGAAGCGGGGGCGGCCCCCGGCUGAAAAACUGUCCCCAAAUCCACCCCCCCUCACCCGGAAGAUGCGGAAAAUUGUGGAUGCCGUCAUCAAGUACAAGGACAGCAGCAGCGGGCGACAGCUGAGCGAGGUUUUCAUCCAGCUCCCGUCCCGCAAGGAGCUGCCGGAAUACUACGAGCUCAUCCGGAAACCUGUGGACUUCAAGAAGAUCAAGGAGCGGAUCCGAAACCACAAGUACCGGAGCCUCAAUGACCUGGAGAAGGAUGUGAUGCUGCUGUGCCAGAAUGCCCAGACCUUCAACCUGGAGGGGUCCCUGAUCUACGAGGACUCGAUUGUGCUCCAGUCCGUGUUCACUAGUGUCCGGCAGAAGGUGGAAAAGGAGGAGGAGAGCGACGGAGAGGAGAGCGAGGAGGAGGAGGAGGGAGAGGAGGAAGGAUCUGAGUCCGAGGCACGCUCGGUGAAGGUGAAGAUCCGUCUGGGCCGGAAGGAGAAGGUUCCAGAGCGUGGGAAGGGCCGGCGCCGGGGGGGGCGGGGGGGACGCCCCAAACCCCUCCUGAGUGACGACGAGAGCGAGGACGAGCAGGAGGAGGAUCGCUCCGGCAGCGGCACCGAGGAUGACUGAUCCCAACAUUCCACGGCUCCAGAAUUCUGAGAAACCCCAGAGCCCCCUGCCCCCCACCUCCCUUCUCCCCUGUAGCUCCAACGGCAGCGACACCACAAUUCCCAAAAUCCUAAAAAUCCCAAAAAACCA